AUGAAUAUAGGUUAGUAUAACAAAUUAUACAAUGAAUCAGUUUAAGAAAAGAGUAAAGAAUAAUUUUGGUAAAAAGCUGCUGAAAAUCUACAUUGGUUUAAAAAACCUAGCAAAAUAUUAGAUAAGAGCUAACCUCCAUUUUACAGGUGGUAUUCUGAUGGAGAAAUUAAUAUUUGUUACAAUGCAAUAGAUAGACACUAAGCAUAACAUGGAAAUAAGACUGCCUUGAUUUGGGAGAGCCCUUCUCUGAAAUCUUCAGUUUAGAGCGAAACAUAUACCUAUAAGUAAUUAUAUGAAAAUGUAGCUAAAUUAGCUUGGGUACUUAAGUAAUUUGGUGUAAAAAAAGGAGAUAGGGUUAUAAUUUAUUUACCCAAUGUUCCAGAAGCCGUUUUUUCUAUGUUAGCAUGCUCUAGGAUAGGAGCCAUACACGUUGUAGUGUAUGGAGGAUAUCCAGCAAAAGAAUUAGCAGGAAGAAUAAUUGAAUGUCAACCAAAGCUCAUUAUAACUGCAUCUGCUGGUAUUGAAAGAGGCGAUAAAAUUAUAUAUUACAAAGGAAUAGUUGAUGCUGCACUUGAAAUGAGUGGAUAACACAACUUGAUUAGUUUAAUAGUUCAAAGAGAUAUUCACAUGACAUCAAACUUUGUUUUAAAAAGGGAUUAUGAUUAUUAUACUGCAUUAAAAAUUGCAUAAUUAGAAACUGAAUGUGAGCACAUGAACUCUAAUGAUCCUUUAUAUAUUUUGUUUUCUUCAGGAGAAAAUCAUCCUAAAGGUAUUGUGCAUGAUCAUGCUGGUACUGCAGUAUAUUGCGAUUGGCAAAUGAAACAUAUUCUUGAUAUUGGUUCUAAUGAUACUCUAUUUUCAGCAACAGACGUAGGCUGGAUAGUAGGACACAUUUUCAUGAUAUAUGGAGCUUUUAUCAAAGGUGCUACAACAAUAUUAUAUGAAGGAAGGUCUACUGGAACACCAGAUAAUAUUCAAUUCUGGAGAAUAAUUGAUAAAUAUAAUGUAAAGUGCUUGUUUACAAACCCUACAAGUAUUAGAGAAAUUAGAAAGGAAGAUCCCAACGGAAUGAAUACUAAGAAAUUCAAAUUAACUUCUCUAUAAAGUGUCCACACAACAGGAGAGCACACAGAUUAAGAAACUUCUGAAUAUCUAAAGAAGCACAUAAAUAAAAACUUGUUUAUAAACAACAUUUACAUUUAAUAGGAGAUAGGAGGAGCAAUAUCAGCAAAUUACCCUUAAAGCUUUUAAUCAUUUUAAGAUAAGCCAGGUAGCGUUACAAUGCCAUGUCCUAGCUUUGAAGUGCACAUUUUAGAUAAUUAAAAUAAAAAAAUAGAAGAAGCCAAUAAGCUUGGUAAAGUAUGCUUGAAAACACCUCUUCCUCCUCCAUUUAUGCUUAGUCUUUUUAACAAUGAUGAAAUCUUUAUGAAAAAGUAUUUAGGAGACUCUCCUGGUUAUUACACAACAGGUGAUGCCGGUUUCUUUGACGAGGAUAGCUAUCUUUGGGUUGUAGGGCGUAUUGAUGAUAUAAUAAAAACAGGAGGUAAAAAGCUUUCUAUGUCAUCAGUAGAAUAAGUAUUAUAAUCAGCUCCAGAAAUUGUGAAUGCCGCCGUUGUUUCUAAAUACGAUGAAACUCUUGGUGAAGUUCCAGUUGGUUUUGUAGUAAUUGAAAAAGGAAAGCUAAUUAAAAACAAAUAAUAAUUCCUAAGUCAGCUAGUAGAUUUAGUAGAUGUUGAAAUAGGAAGCUAUGCUAAUUUUAAAUAAGUCAUAAUAGUUCCAAGAUUACCCCAAACUAGAAAUGGAGAAAUCCUAAGAAGUUUAUUGAAAAAAAUAAUAAAUGAGGAGAAUUAUAAAAUACCUCCUUCAAUAGAAGAUGAAUCCGUAGUGGAAGAAAUCAAAAAUGCUAUUUAAGAGAGUGAAAAAAAAAUAUAAAAAGUUCUAUCUCCUAUUAAUACUAAAAUAAAAAAUUUCACUUAAGAUAUCGACUAAAUCGAGUCUCCAUCUUAUAAGAGACGUUAUAGUAAAAAAGAUAGUGAUAAUUCAUUUAAAGGCUUAACUUUAAAAUUAAUGAAAUGA